CAGUAAACAGCAGAGGCUACGUCACUGAAUGAGGUCAGCGCGCGCUGCUAGCUAGGUCUGUAGCUCGGCGAGGGGCUAACCUAGGCCAACCCAGUCGUUUUCCCAGCAAUCCGCUGUCUGAUGCUGGCUCUAUAGUAAACAUGGAUUUCGACGCUUUGUUUAACGAGAAGUCGUUUCAGUUUUCGGACUUCCAGGAGUUCACGUUUCUGCCUGGACACCAGAAGCUGACAGAACGAGUAAGAAAACGAUUGUAUUAUGGCCUGGACAAAGACGUUUCUUUGGAUGCCCUCUCCUGCCCUGUUACAGAUAUUGCUGUUGAAUUCUUCCAGAAGUCUGCCCCAAGCCCAAUCCGGAAGCUCCACAAGAAGUAUGCUGCUCAUGUUGCCAGGGAAGCUUGUAUCUCUCCAUGUGCCAUGAUGCUGGCCCUUGUUUACAUCGAAAGGCUCAGACGUAGAAACCCUGAAUACCUACAGAAGAUAUCUUCCUCUGACCUCUUCCUGAUCUCAAUGAUGGUUGCCAGCAAAUACCUGUAUGAUGAAGGAGAAGAAGAGGAGGUUUUCAAUGAUGAGUGGGGAGCAGCGGGAAAGCUCGACGUUCAAACUGUCAAUAACCUGGAGAUGAACUUCUUGAAUGCCAUUGAGUGGAGCCUCUUCACGGAGCCAAAUGACUUCUUUGACAUACUAAGUCAAAUGGAAACAAGCAUUGCACAGCAGCAGGGGAUAAAACGGGGCUGGUUCACCUACACUGACCUUUGUGUCCUACUCGAGCAAUCAGCAUGGAGUCAAUCCCUUGCAGCCAUUUACCAGCACUUUACCAAGGUAUCCUGUAUGCUUGGCCUGGUCUAUCUAACAAGUGUGGCUGGCCUUAUUGCCACCAGCACUGUUCUGCACCAGCUCAGUCUCUCCAGGAGCGGCCAGUCCCUGCUUACACCACAAGCUGAGAUUAGCCUCCCCCACCACCAGAAUACCAACAUAAACCAAGAAGCUUCUCCUGUAGCCCAGCGCCUUCCCUGUUGUGUCCUUGCCAACAAGAGUCUGAACCGUCAGACAAGCGUACACGGAAAUGGGCAACACCACUCUCAAAACCCCUCGUCCGUUUCCUCAGAGACAUCAGUGUCGUGUCUUUGGAGCUCUCUUCUUGCCUCAAUUGGUCACAUACAUCCACAAACAACCUCUGAAGUGGAAACUUCUCAAGCCUGGUCUGCUGCCUCUUUUUUCUGUCCUGGCUGUCUUGCAACCCUUCCUCCUCUUCAAUGUGGACUAAGAAACACCUCAUCACUUUUCACUCCUGGCCCCCUUGAUAAUCAUAAUCAUCAUGCAUUGUGGCUGGCAUCCAACCCCCCUGAAGCCCCAGACUCGAGUCAUAACUCUCACCUGGGGCAGUUUGUUCCUGUAAAGCUGGGCCCCUGUCAUCCUAAGUCUAUGCUACCUGUUGACAAAACCUACACUCUCUUUAUGUCUGGCUAGAGACCGGCAAACAUGGCUGCUGUUGACCUGCAGCAAUAGUCUGGAAAUUAAACCGGCACUCAUGACUCAUUUGCUGCUUGGUCAUGUUUAUUUACUUUUCCAGAUCUAAAAAAACAGAUAAAAGAUUAAGAGGAAUGAGGCACAUUUCAGAGGGAGAGAUUAGGAAUUAGGAGGCAUUUGCCAAAACCUUUUACUUAAGUUAAAGUUCAGUUCCUAUAUUAAAGCUUGUUUUUCCUGCAGAGAAGAUCACAAGGAAUUGAUCAAGUCAUUUGGUCUGUCCUCUUUGGCUGCAGCCAAAUAGAUUUGCUACCCGCAGUUACUGUUCAAAGGUUCAGAUCUCAGCUGUCAUUUGGUGGUGUGGGGUUGAGUUUUUACUAUAGAGCGCUAGUAUUAAAGCUGCUUGCUGUUGAUGGUGUUGAAGGUGUGUGGCGGUUUAAUGGUAGGUUGUGGGUGUGUGAGAACACAAGGCUUCACCAGUUUACUUUGCAAACAAAAUCUUCUCUGUUAAUUGUUGCUUAGAGUUACUUUUUUUUAUUAAUGCUUACAGAGGUCUGUACAAGACUUCCAUCCCACACAUUGCUACAAGCACUGACUUCACAUGCCAUUGUUACUGUUUGUCUUGGACAAUGUUCUGCUUUAUUUAAAAGAAAGGAAAACCAUUCGAAUGCAGACAGCAGUGUAAUGCACGCACCCUUAUACUUAAACUUCUCAUAUCUGGGUCAUUUACAGUUUAGCUGAAAUUUCUAUUAAUGGUCAUUUCAUGAAUUUGAUUAAUUCUGAAAUUUAUAUAAUAUCGCAUAACCUUAAAGCACUUUUAAUUUAAGAUUAUGUUUAGCGAGGCUAAGCUUUCCUCCCUACAGGAAGACGCUAUGAGUGUUUGCUGGUUUUUGGUUGGGUGUUUUUGAAGUAAGCAUAGUAAAGCAACAUCUAAUGUGAAAGGUGGAUCGGUUUGUUGCUGUGGAUUGAUAUUUGCACAUCUGACUUAAUGCAGUCAUCAUAGAAUGAAUGUCCAUGGAGCAAUGGAAGUAAAGUUCAUGUUCUUAAUACCAGAGAUAAUGUAAAGACUUCAUUGUGUUGUUUUUUUUUUCUUACAAACACAGCUACACAUAGUCCCCAGGACAUUUACUUUGUAAAUAUAUGUCUCACAAAUUGCUCUAGGAUUUGGAUUUGAUACACUUUGGAGCAAAAAGUCCUUUUAAUUUUGUAAAUCCUGUAAGAUGCUUGUAAAAACCACAGAAAAGGAUCAUUAAUAAAGAAAACUGCAUUUC